AGUUUUUGAUUAAACACUCAUUUGAUAUGAUUCUUUGAUUAAUCAAUCAAUCUUUAGCUAUCUCCUUGAAGGUGAAGGAAGAAAAUGUUCUCCAAAAUGUUUCUUCCUAUGAUCCUCUCCUUACUAAUUUUCCUCCAAAGAGUAGCAGUGGCAUUGGAUUUAGAAACAGACAAACAAACUGUUUUGGACUUGACUGUUUCUCACGGACUGGGGUGGAAGCCCGCCGACCCAAUUUGUAGCUCUUGGACCGGCGUUUCCUGCAACUCGGACCGAAAUCGGGUAUCCGGGCUCCGACUGUCCGGCUUGGGACUCUGCGGUCCGAUUCUGAAAAACACAACAAUCGGAAGACUGGACGCGCUCGAGACGCUACACCUCGAGAACAACUUCCUGACCGGGCCCAUACUGCCCGGUCUCGACCUCCUUCCGCGCCUUAAGAGCUUGAACUUAAGCAACAACGGUUUCAGUGGGCCCAUCACGCCGUCUCUCCUAAAAAGGUUUCCUCCUUCGUCGUUCGGAGGGAACCCUUUGCUAGCGACUAGCGGGCUGCCCCAACGGGCAGUAUCAAUCCCCCGCUUGUUGUCAUCGUCAUUGUCAAAGGGAUCAAGGGAUUCAAGGAAUAAGAAAUCUGAGCCUGUGGGAAAUGACAAGUUCCCAUGGGUUGGCUACCUGCUUGCUAUAGUGGUUGGGCUAGCUUAUCUUGGUGGGCUAUUGUAAUAAGCCCAUGGGUUGCCUACCCGCUUGUUUUACUGGUUGCGGUAGUUUAUCUUUGGCCAUGACAUAAAGAAAGUAAGAAACCUAAUCUUACGGAAGUGGGCAGUAGCGGCUUUGCGGCUGUGGCGAUCUUCCAUCUUCAUCGGCUAUUUGGGGCUACCGAAGCUGGAGAACGAAAGCAACGAUCUUCCAUCUUCAUACGUUCGUUCUUAAUCAUCAUGGCAUCGCCUAUUCCCCUUCAUCUGAAAUUCGGAAUCCUCAUUCGAUCGAUACAUUAUGGAGAGAUUUUUCAAAAGGAAAUUUUCAUCUUUACAAGAAAAUAAAAGUGAUAGU